GAAAAUAUUUACCCAUUCAUUUUGUAGAAAGAUUAUCAUGGAGAAGAUCAAAUUGAACAUGUACAUUUUACUGGUGUUAAUGGGUUGUGCUGUUAUUUUUCAAUUAAUUGGUUUGGUGUCACCAUAUUGGAUUAUAUUUUCGAAAUCAAAUGCUGGUUUAUGGAAGGUGUGUCAAAGUACAACAUCUGGAUCCAUUUGUGUUGACAGUGCUGGCUUAUAUCCUGAUGACGGCUGGCUUAAGGCAGUACGAGGGUUGAGUAUCUUCGGAUUUAUUAGUCUUGUUGUUGCUGCAGUCAUGAUGGGAUUAAAGAUUUUUCUUUUUAAGGACCAAAAACCAAUCGUUAUUGUGGCAUUGGGUACAAAUUUUCUUGGAGCUUUUGCCAUUUUGAUAUCAAUAGCGGUCUAUGCAGCCAAAACGAAUGACUUAUUCGCAGGAAAACUUUUUACCUACCACUUUGCGUUCCCCUGCAGCAUCUUAGGAAUGGUGACAGGGUUUGGAGUUUGUGUGAUGUUGGUGUUGAUUGUUCUUGAAAGGAUCUAAUUCUUGUAAUAAAAAAUGACAUUUUUUUCUUUUUUCAUUAAAGCUCACUUUCCUAGAAAUGGGGUUAAAAUGCGUUUACUGCAGCUGCACUUUUUUAUAAGGAGUAAAAAUAUCCAUUUACAAAAUUUAAUUUCGAACCUUGAAUUUGUAGACAUGUAUUUAUUAUAAAUGUUUUAGUAUAAUUAAAAGAACAUAUUUCAUGAUAUACAUGUAAUGUAUUGUAAAUAAAUUUGAUUGUUUUUGCUAAAAUAAAUGAAUAAAACUCCACAAAACGUCA